ACAUUUUCAACAUUUUUCUAAACUCCAGCUUUUAGUUUUGUACUACGGGAAUUAUUUUAUCGAGGUUAUCACCUGCGGUAACGCUAAAUUUGUAUGUGUAAAUGUAAACCGAGCACAUAUUCUCCGGAACUCUUGUCCUGGCACAGUUACGUACACGGAACUGGAUAUGGGUUGUGCCAGUCAUGCUAACCUUUGUGGCUAUCCCUACCGGUUGUAGGUGUCAUUCUGUUUGUCUUUCAGCAUUAAUCAUAAACCCGUUGCAAAACUGAAUGACAGCUACUGCCCCAUCUCUAUGCCAUUGCUUUGUAAGCAAUCCAUCCAGCUGAGACGAUAAAAAUGAGAGAAGGAUUGUGUAUUUUGUGACCCAGCUCUUGUGCAGCCAUGGAGAAGUCCUGGAGGCUGUGGGGGGCGAUGGAGCGGUGCUCUCUGACUCUAGUGUCCUGGUCCUGGGGGGCAUGCCGAGUUUCCCUUUUGGCUCUCAUCCUCACCUUCCACCUGUACGGAGGUUUUUUCCUCCUCGCUCUCAUCCUGGCGUCGGUGGCGGGCAUCCUUUACAAGUUUCAGGAUGUUCUUCUCUACUUUCCUGACCAACCCUCCUCUUCUCGCCUCUACGUUCCGAUGCCAACAGGAAUCCCCCACGAGAAUGUCUACAUUCGCACCAAGGACGGUGUGAAGGUCAACCUCAUCCUUCUUCGUUACACAGGUGGGGAUUCGGCUUCUGGCAUCACCUCCAACAAUCAGAGCAGCCCCACUUCCUCUGCUCCUCCUACAAUCCUUUAUUUCCACGGAAAUGCUGGUAAUAUUGGUCACAGGGUGCCAAACGCACUUCUAAUGCUGGUCAAUUUAAAAGCAAACGUGGUGCUUGUGGAUUACCGUGGCUAUGGAAAAAGCGAAGGAGAGCCAUGUGAAGAUGGGCUGUACCUGGAUGCUGAAGCAACGCUGGACUAUGUCAUGACCCGCCCCGACCUGGACAAAACAAAAGUGGUACUCUUUGGUCGCUCAUUAGGAGGCGCUGUGGCUGUGCGUCUAGCAUCAGUCAAUCCUCACCGGGUAGCAGCCAUCAUCGUUGAAAACACCUUUCUCAGCAUCCCUCACAUGGCGGCGACGCUCUUCUCCUUCUUGCCCAUGCGCCUGCUGCCCUUAUGGUGCUAUAAAAAUCAGUUCCUGUCCUAUCGGCAGGUGGCGCUUUGCCGCAUGCCUUCGCUGUUUGUGUCGGGUCUUUCGGACCAGCUCAUCCCACCGGUUAUGAUGAAACAACUCUACGAGCUGUCCCCUGCACGGACUAAACGGCUGGCCAUCUUUCCAGAGGGCACGCACAACGACACGUGGCAGUGUCAGGGUUACUUCGCUGCUCUGGAGCAGUUCAUGAAAGACCUGCUGAAGAGCCACGCCCACGAGGAAAGUGCUCAACCCUCAGCCAGCGUCACCAUUAUCUGAUAAAACUGGACUGGAUGAAAAGAGCUGAAUGAAGGAACUUGAUUGAUUUUUGGAAUGAAUGUAAAUUUUUUUUAUGGAUUUGAGUUUUCUUUUUAUUUCACUCUUUCUACUUUUCUGUAAAUUUGAUAAGCUAAAAUAUUUUCACAAUUUCAGAGUUUGAGGAGACUGUAACCUCUCCCUUGGAUUCCUUGUGUUUUGCAUGCGUCUAUGACCUUUCUAUGAAUGAAGCCAGAGCAUAGUUACUAACAUCACAUGAUGCGAUCAGAACCACAGAAGAAUUUGUUCCUGUGGGUUUGUUGAAAUUAAUAGAAAUCAGUUGAUCUAAUUUUAAAAGAAUAUUGACCGUUAAAGACCCAGUGGUGUUGGUGUGAAUACUGAUCAAGACACAGAUGACGUGUGUCUAAUUUUGUAGAGCGCCAACUAGAGGUAUGCUGUAAAUAUAUUUGUUAAUACACUGCACUGUUCUGUUCAGGUUUACCCACAUUUUUCUUUCUGUGGGCUCUUUCUCUCUUUGGGCUUACAUCUAGUAAGGAAUACAUUAUGGAAUAUAAGGAUGAACCCCCCCCUUCACUGUCAGGUUGGCUUUUCACGUCGUUCUCAUGAUAAAUAUUUAUAUGCACCUUCAAAUUUAGCCUGCCACAUUAAUAUAAAGAGCAGCUGCUGCAUAUUUAUUGCAUAGAAGAAGUGGUGAGAAGUAUAAAGUGUGCCUGUAAGGUGUAAGUCCUGUCAAAAUACAAACGUAUCUGAAGGAGUGAGAAUGCCUUUAAAAUGUUUGGUUAUUUCUGGAGUUCAAUUCAAAAAGUAAAGCUCACGCAUAUUUGUUAUAUAUCAGUAAUUAUAUUGGAGUUAUUUCUGUUAAUAUAGAUGCUUACAGCUAAUAUAAGCCUUAAAAUUGGAUUCUCAGAAAGUUAGAACAUUGCAAAAGACUAAUGAAAUGGAAGUUCAAUAUCAAAACUCUAGAUUACUGAAAAGUAUGUCCAUGCACUGCACUGCAUGUAGUACAUUUGCACUCAAUACUUGAGGCUCCUUUUACAUGAUUUACUGCAUCAGUGCAGCAUGGCAAAGAGGUGAUUAUCCUGCGGCUCUGCUGAUGUGUCAUGAAGCCCGGGUUGCUUUCACAGUAGCCUUCAGCUCAUCUGCAUUGUUGGUUCUGGUGUUUCAUCUUCCUUUUGAAUCUCUGUAGGGUUUAGGCAAUUUGCUGGCCAUUCAACCACAGUGAUACCAUUGUCAUUAAAUUAGGUACUUUUGACAGUGUAGGCAGGUGCCAAGCCUGCUGGAAAAUGAAAUCAGAAUCUCCGUAAAGCUCGUCAGCAGAAGGAAAAAUGCUCCAUACAUAAUCACUGACUAUAUAACUUCAGUCUGAAUCUCAAUAAGCUUGGAUUCUGUACCUCAUACAGAAAAUUAACUUCCAAAUAAAAUGCUAAAUUUAGUUUCAUCUGGGGAAAAAAAAGAACCUUAGACCACUGAAAACCAAGCCCAUCUGUAUCACCUUGGCCCAGGUAAGAUGCUUCUGGCCAUAUCUGGUUCAGUAGUGACUGAACACAAGCAAUGCAGCACUUGUAAACCCAUGUUCUGGAUACAUCUGUGUGGUGACUGUUGAGGCUGUGACUCAAGCUGCAGUCUACACCUUGUGAAUCUCCCCCAAAAUUAUAAUGGCCACAGGUUUUCAUUCCUCUCAACUUUCCAUUCAUAUUCUUAGUUGCCACUUCUUCAGUAAUGACCCUUUAUGGCCGGCCAUUCUUGUAGAGAUUGUCGAAGACUGUGCUGGGCUACAGACAAGUCAGCAUAUGUCACAACAUCUGACUUUUAAAAGUCACUUUUUAUUGGUCUUUUGUACUUUGUACUAAAUUUAUGUGAGAAAGUAAAUUUGGAGUUUUUAAUAGCUGUAAUCCAUAAUCAGAAAUAAAUGCUUGAACUAUAUUACUCUGUUUAAUUCAUAUGGGUUUCACCUUUUGAAUUUAAUUACUGAAAUACGUUUUUUCGAAAAUAUUUAAAUGUAUUGAUAUGCACCUGUACAACUAGCCCAGAGGAUUUGUUUCAAAAUGAGUUUUAGUCGUUACUGAGCAGUUAACACAUUGAUUUGCUGCCUGGCUUGGUGAUACUUAGAGAGAAUUGGUUACUACGGUAAUCCUCUUGGCCCAAUUGGAGAUGAUUUGGGACAAAAUACCCAGAUGUCCUAUUUCCAAGAUGCGUCAUCAACAAGGAAAAACUGUAAGUGUUUCUGUCUGCUGCAGAUCAGAACUCCGAACUCCAAAGUUCUGUUUAAUUUCAGUUUGUCCUCCAUGUUUUAUUCGCUGGCCAGUUCAGCUGGGGAUUUCCAGUAAUUGGCCAGUGCUUGUUCUUUCCCUUUUAAUCAUACAGUGUGUGACUUGUGUAAAAGUGUGCUUAUGGGGGAUAGAAAAUUAACCCUGUUAAGCACCGGAAAUAAUGUGUGAGCGUUUUUAGUCUAA